GGCGAGACUGGAUCACUAAAAGCUGGGUUCAUUCCAUCACCGAGGCAAUAAAGUGAUCUCAACUCAUUUCAAACAUCCAACAUCGAUUAAUGAAAUGGCACCUAUCAACCCAGCCGCCGAUUUCUACGACAACCUGGGAAUCAGAUACGAGAAGAGUUUCGGACAUGAUGAAGGUCUCAUCGCGUUCAUUACCGAGAGUUUGAGUCUUCUUCCCGCGACCCCUAAUACGACGGUCCUUGAUAUCGGAAGUGGAACUGGCAUUCCAACAUCUAGCCUCGUUGUGAACAGUGGUCGCAAAUUAUAUGGCAUUGACUUUUCUCCUGUCAUGAUCGAAUUGAGCAGGCGACAAGUCCCUGGAGGAACUUUCAAGCUGACUAACAUGCUGGAAUUUUCCCCUGAAUCUCCGUCUCAAUUUCAAGGAGCCUUUGCAAUAUUCUCCCUGUUUCACUUCUCGCGCGAGGAAAUGGAUGUAGCAGCUGAAAGGAUGUCGGGAUGGAUUGCUCCCGGAGGCUACAUCUUUAUCGGGACCAUGGUAGCUGAAGACUUUCCAACAGAGCCACAUAUGUUUGACGAGGAUGGAGAGUGCGCACGAGGCAUCGAGCAUACAUUCAUGGGAAAGCGGAUUGGAAAUCUUCUUUACACCAGAAAGGGUUGGGAGAAUUUGUUGCGAACGGUUGGGUUCGAGGUGGUCAAGACAGAAAUGGUGCCUUUUCAGGCGCCACCGGAUGCAGAAUGUGAUAUUGAGCCGCAUUAUUACAUUACCGCACGCAAGAACUCUGAUGGAUAAGCGCUCACAGCGGGUGUAACUUCAAGGUCCAAGAAGAUUCCGGACAAGUUGGGCGUACCUCCCCGAUGGAACGUAGAUCGACAGGAGUGUACGCCACGUAUUUUGAGAUUAGCAAGAUUAGCAUUGAUCCAUGUCACAAUUAACUUAGUACUUCGGCAUCACCUAUUCGAACAGGGUCAAUUUAUCCGGAGAUAAAUAAAAGAAAACAAAUUAGAUCUGGAUUUGCCCA